CGGUGCCGAUGACGACAAUGAUGAUGAUGAUGCCACUGAUGCGUUUGGGUCGGUCACAGAAGACCACGUCCUCAUCGAGAGACAGUGCACUUGGGACACCACGGUUCAAGCCGCACUCACGCAAGGGACUUGUUCCCUGACACAAAUGUGUAAGGUGCUACGAGCACCUUACCCUUUAGCUUGAGGAACGCUUGUUUCACGUGCCAAUGCCAAAAAGUGAUCGCUUGCCAAAAGUGAUUUCUGGUACUUAAAAAAUUAUUGCAGGAAUUUAAGCUGCUAUAAAUGACUUAUUGACCUCAAACCAUCAAAAAUAGGUCAAUCAUAUCUCUCACAAAGAAUAUCUUAUCACAACAUAGCUCAUGCACUCAGUUUUUGGAAAAGUGACUUUUAUAUAUUCUUUAUUUAUCCCCGUAAAAAGUGUCAUUGACAUUAAAAAUGUGUAUUUCACGAGAGAUCUAGCCAAGAGGGCAGCAGAAAUUGUAACAAAUAUAACAUCACAGUUCUAUAAACUUACUUGAAGUGACCAAAAAGGACUGGAUUGAUGAUAAUAUGGGUCAUCAAAUACACAGAGUCACAAAGAUACUUCAAAAACAGGUCAUUUCUUUAUUUUAUAUAUAACCCCUUCAUAAAUCCCUUACACUACCGUUUAUUUACUAAUAUAAAUAAAGUUAUUAGACUUUUUAAAAAAAAACACAUUAAAACAUCAGAAUUCAAUUUUUAGCAGACAAUCACUUUUUGGUAAAACAACAUCUAUGUCAGUUUUUGGGAGCAGUGAUCUUUAAUGUAAAUGAGCCUUUUUAGGUGUUUCAUAUCGCCUUCAACAGUGAGGGGGUUGGAGGUGGGGUGUGCUCAAAAUGCUUUGCCUUCCCAAAAUGUGAAAUGGAUAUGCAUGCAGAAGUUUCAUUACCAGCAGGGGGAGAGAAUAUAUUUAAAGCCAAGAAUUUGCUAGUGAAUUAAAAAAAAAAAACAAUCGUAUGAAGUACUUUCCCGGGUCCUGUAGAUGCUAAUAUGUAUAUUCAUAUACAAAUGCGUUAAUAAUGUCUGUUUAAUCACUUUCCGGUGAUUAUUUUUAUGUUGCCUUGAAACAAAAUAUCUCCCUCUGUUGUUACUGCAGCUUCUGCAUGUGUGUCCUUUUCAUGCUUUGGAGAGGCAAAGCCUGAAAUGGUGGACUGGCCUGUCUGUUCCAGGUUUUGCCACAACUGCUUUUUAUUUAGCAGUUACACUUGCUAAAUAAAAAGAAUUAAAAGAUUUUAAAGCUCAUUUUAUGUAAUGACGAAUUAUUUGUUUCCCUAGAACAGGAAAGUGUUACUUUGCCUAGUGGUCUAGGGGUACCCUCGACAUAACAUGAGGCUAGCAACACAGAACAACUGAAGAUGCUAAGCAGCAGUUUAUCUGCUUUGGAGGUGAGCACUGCCAUGUCAACAAAUAAAAGUAUCCAGUGUUCUCUAAGCGGAAAUAAAAGGAAAACAAAAAACAAUUAUUGAACCAAUGUUUCUAACCAAUAACCAAAAUGGAUUUCAACACAAACACUCGUCUCACUCCUGCUACUGCUGCAGUGAUCAGUAUAUGCAGUGGAUAAGUAUUUACAUUUCUCUACAAAACACUCUUAACUAACAGCAUAUCAGAAACACAACUUAGCUCACAAAAUUCCCUAAUGGACUUCUGUUCAGGCUUCUCAUACAACUACUUGGUGCUACUUGCAACUGCUUGGCUCUUUGUUGUUUGUAGACGCAACAAGGAGUGGACAGAGGUGGCUGUCAGCUGGAGUUUAAGAUGCUGCUGUCCAUUCAAUUAUCCAAUCCAGCCACAGGAACUUUUACAAACCAAUCAGCAGCUCCACCAACACACACAAACGCACACACACCUUCGAGGCAACAGAUUAUCUUAGAUCAUAACAAAAGACAUUUCGAAUUAUAAAUCCCUGCUUUAAGAUCUUAACUUUUGAAGUAAAGCAUUGCACACUGAUUGAUUCAUUACAGAUGAAGAGAAUUAUUUACAGCUUCUUUGUGCUUACAAACAGUUAUUCUGUCUGGUCAUCUCAAUGACCUCUUCGUUUUUUAUACAUAUGAGUGUGUUUGUACAUGUCAUUUAUUUUAUCCACACAAAAAAUGGAUGUGAAACAUUUCUUUUGAAAAUGACAUGAGAUUAAAACAGUCAGAUAUUGUGGAGUUGUGGUUUAUAAAGCCCUCCCCUUGCUUCCGUUUUACAGGAAGUUGUUUUUCAUGAUGUCUGCGUGUUGUGUAACUUCUCUUUCAGUCUCACUGAUGGUAACACACAGCAUUAAAAUGCCUGAAGAAGAAGUGCUUUACUCUAAUGUGAGGUUUAUAAAAGCGAAGAGGGAGACCAAUGAAAGAGCUUCCCCAGUGGCUAAUCCCACUUUCUCCCAAGUCAAUAUUUCAAAGACUCAGCCGUCCACGACAGAGGUGCCUGAGCUUCCUCAACAAGCAGAGCUGAGCAGAAAUUCGAAGCUGCUGUCAGAGAGAGCGGUCCUGCUGGUUGUCAUUGCUCUCCUGGCUGCUGCUGUCAUUGCUCUGUGUGUUACCUCAUUUAAGCAUAGACAUCACAGAGAGGGAGGAAACAAACAGAGAGAUCAGAUGAGUUAUAAAUGUAAAGAUGGCUGGGAGCAACAUGGAGGAAAGUGCUAUUAUUUCUCCAUCGCUAAAACCUCCUGGAACGAGAGCAGAGAUGCAUGUAGAGCUAAAAAUGGAGAUCUGGUUAAGAUAGACAGCACGGAGGAGCAGAAAUUCCUGGAGAGUAAACUGAAAGAAAUCAUGAAGUCUGAUGACAAGUUCUGGAUCGGACUGAUAUACUCAGCUAAAAACAAGACAUGGGUUUGGACGGAUGGAUCACCGCUGAACACAAGUUUGACUUUUUGGAAGAACAAAGAUAAAGACAUUAAUAAUGGAACAAAAGGGGCAAAUCCUGAUGCGCAAAGCUGUUUAAGGGUGGAGGCAAAAGGUGGAGCUAAGCUUUCGUCCUGCAAAAAGUCUCAUAGAAGUAUUUGUGAGAAACAAACAGUUACUGAAUGCUGUAAAUGUGCAACUGUCUAAAGUUCAGUCAGUCUAUAAAAGAGUGUCAGUAAAAGAUACAGACGUUGGAGUUGCGAUAUGUUUAUAAAGCUAAUGUCUAAACUGUAUAUCCCUUCUAGAUUUGCUUUUAGUAAAAAAUAAAAUAUACUUGAAUAAAUCUGAAUAACA